AUGUCUGAGUAUGUCAUGGAUGGAUCAACUGGGGAGAGCAUCAGAAAUGAACCCAAGAGACAUUAUGUGCCUCAUAAAGAAAUUUUCACCGAGAGGUCUCCAAGAAGUCCCUUGAUUACACACAGUCCACCAUUGAGCUCACAGAGUCCCGAGAAUGACUCUAUCGAUCUGCCAAUAGAUGAGGCCGUUGACACCUCUAUUGAGCAAUUGUAUAACAAUGUAUGUGAGAUGCAGAGCUCUGAUCAUUCACCCUCCAGGCGUAGUUUCCUAUCAUAUGGGGAGGAGUCAAGAAUUGAUUCUGAGUUGCGGUUUCUUGCUGGAGGAGAUUACGUCGAGGUGGAGAUGAAAAAAGAGGUGGUAAUUAAACAUAAUGGAGGAGACACUAAUUCUGAGGAAGAAAAAGGAUCUAAUGAGAAUCUUGAAAAUACGAAUAAGAUCCAUCCUUAUCCCACAGAAACAAAAAGACUUUCUCACUUGCAAUUCAACACUGAAGCAUCUCGUAAGGCUAAUUUAAGGAGCAAAACUUUUCAAGGCAGACCACCAAAGGCCAAGGAAACUAUGAAGUCUUUGAAAAAGUUCAGUUCAGUUUCCUUUCCUAAAAAUGAAAGGAGUCCCGCUUUAGAAGGGGUGAGAUUGCAGAAUGGAAAUGAGGAUCAUCGUGAGGCAGGAUACCUUGGACCAUAUCUACUCAAACAGGCAAGGGACGUCAUAGCAUCUGGGGAUAAUUCUCAAAAAGCUCUUGAGUUGGCUCUUCGAGCAAUGAAAUCAUUUGAGAGACGUGCAAAUGCCAAGCCUAAUUUAGAUCUCGUUAUGUGUCUGCAUGUAGUUGCAGCAAUAUACUGCAGGCUUGGCCAGCAUACUGAGGCAAUUCCCAUUCUUGAGCGAUCGAUUGAAAUUCCAGUGAUGAAUUUGGGACAAAAUCAUGCACUUGCUAAAUUUUCCGGGUGCAUGCAGUUGGGUGAUACCUAUGCGAUGCUCGGGAAGAUUGAGAACUCUAUUCUGUGUUACACUGCAGGUUUGGAGAUUCAACAACUAGUUCUGGGGGAAAAAGACCCUCGAUUUGGGGAGACUUGCAGGUAUCUGGCUGAAGCUCAUGUUCAGGCAAUGCAAUUUGGUGAAGCUGAGAAGCUUUGCCUGAUGGCACUUGACAUCCAUAAAGAGAGAGGAUCCUCAGCUUCCCCUGAGGAAGCAGCAGAUAGGAGACUUCUGGGACUUAUUUGUGAGUCUAAGGGAGAUUAUGAAGGUGCUCUUGAGCAAUAUGUUUUAGCAAGCAUUGCUAUGGCUGCCAAUGGCCAGAAUGCAGAUGUGGCUGCCAUUGACUGCAGCAUUGGUGAUGCAUAUUUAUCUUUGGCACGGUAUGAUGAAGCUAUUUUUUCUUAUCAGAAAGCUCUCAAUAUGUUAAAGUCGAACAAAGGAGAAAGCCAUCCGUCAGUUGCUUCAGUCUUUGUCCGUUUGGCUGAUUUAUACAACAAGAUAGGGAAGUUCAGUGACUCCAAAUCUUACUGUGAAAAUGCACUUCGCAUAUAUUCUAAGCCUGUCCCUGGAAGUCUCCAGGAAGAGAUUGCCAGUGGUCUAGUGGAUAUUUCUGCUAUCUAUGAAUCCAUGAAUGAACCUGACCAGGCAUUGCAGUUACUUCAGAAAGCCAUAAAGGUAUAUGGUAGCGCACCAGGACAACAAACCACAAUUGCAGGAAUUGAAGCCCAGAUAGGGGUCUUGUUCUAUAUUUUGGGGAGUUAUUCUGAUUCUUACGACUCUUUAAAGAACGCCAUCUCAAAGUUUCAGGAAACUGGAGAAAAGAAAUCUACCCUUUUCGGCAUUACUCUGAAUCAAAUGGGCCUUGCUUGUGUGCAACUUUAUUCAAUAAACGAGGCUGCUGAUUUUUUCGAAGAAGCCAGGAGCAUUUUGGAGGCUGAAUGCGGGCCGUAUCAUGCUGACACUUUAGGAGUUUAUAGCAAUCUUGCUGGAACCUAUGAUGCAAUGGGCAGGACUGAUGAUGCAAUUGAAAUCAUGGAAUAUGUCGUUGGGAUGAGAGAGGAGAAGCUUGGAACAGCAAAUCUUAAUGCAGAUGAUGAGAGACACAGAUUGGCUGAGUUACUAAAAGACGCAGGAACAGUCAGGUACAGAAAAUCCUUGUCACUGGAAAUGUUACUCAUUAAUACCUCUCAGACUGCAAUGAAUGACAGCAUUAUGGUAUCAUGA